AUUCAUCUCAGUGAACGCGAAGCCAAAAUGGGCUGUGCUUCACGGUGUGCCAAGUAUUUCCUAUGUUUCUUCAAUCUCGCUUUCUUCGUAGCCGGAGGGGCUGCGUUGGCAGUAGGAGUUUGGCUCUUUGCCGAUAGCAAUUCUUUUGCUGAUCUCAUCGGCAAACUUGACAAAUCAGAUAUUCUGAACAAAACGGAUACAAAUGUCAUCAGGAUAAUUUCAUAUAUCCUGAUUAUAGUAGGAGCAUUGACCUUUCUGGUUAGCUUUCUAGGAUACUGUGGAGCAAUGUUUGAAUCUCGCUGUCUUCUUUGCGUUUACGGUGUUCUUAUUCUCCUGGUUUUGAUCCUGGAAUGUGUUGUAGUAGGUUUGGCUUUUGGUCUUAAAAGAGAUGCAGAGCAAAGUACACGAGAUUUUCUUAAAUCUACGAUCAAAUACUAUGCCAGUAAUAUUGAUAAAACAGAAACAAUUACAGUAACAUGGAAUGGUAUAAUGACACAGCUUCAUUGUUGUGGAGUAGAAAAUUAUUUGGACUUUCGAGAGAGUGCAAACUGGACAACUACAGAUAAAAUUGUACCUGAAGCAUGUUGUAUAAGAGAGAACGAUAUUUUAAAGGAUCCAUCUUGCCCUAUCAGUCCCACUUCCAAUAAUUCUUACUAUGAGAAGGGUUGUUAUGGUGCAAUAAUACAUAUAAUUGAAGAAAAUGCAGCAAUAGUAAUCGGCGUUGCGGCUGGAUUAGCAUUUGUCGAAAUCCUGGUUAUUAUUUUAGCUCUGUAUUUGGCAUGCUGUUACUGGCGACCACAACACGUUUUAACUUGUUGGUGCUGCUGUUGACCACAUACACUAACAGCGAGCUCUUCAUACCUUCUUGGCUUCUUCCUUCACAGAAGUGAACCAUUGGCUUAAACUAACUUGAAACUAGCCCAGGACAUUUAUUCAUCAUCUAUUUUAGUACUAUAUAUUUUAGUACUUUUUUAAAGAUAUUCAUGAAAUUGAAAAUGUUUAUUAAAUAAUAAUGAAAUAUUUGUUUAUAAAUGUUUUAUAAUGAUUCA